GGUGAAAUCGUUAAGUCAAACACCCUCUAAGUUCAAUUCUAUGUGUAUCUUCUCUACGGACUUCCGAUACCGAUCACGAAGUGGGAAACCAAUCCGUCAGCCAUGGCCGGCGCAGAUCUGAAGCUCUUGGGGGCAGAAGAGAGCCUGUUUACUUGCAGAAUCGUGUGGGCGCUGAAGCUGAAAGGCGUUGACUACGAGUUCGUAAAAGAAGAUCUGUCCAACAAGAGCCCUCUUCUUCUUCAGCUCAACCCUAUUUACAAGAAGGUUCCGGUGCUUCUUCACCAUGGCAAACCCAUCUGCGAAUCGCUCCUCAUUCUCGAAUAUAUCGACGAGGUCUGGAAGGACCAUCCCAUCUUGCCGCAAGAUCCUCUGCACAGAGCCUACGCUCGCUUUUGGGCCAAGCUCGUCGAUCAGAAGUUUCUGGAAGCAUCAUUAAUGGCGUUCCAUUCUAGCAGUGGAGAGGAGAAGGCAAAAGGGGUUGAAUCAGCAGGCGAGGUGUUGGAGUUGCUUGAAGCAGAGAUAAAGGGGAAGAAGUUCUUUGGGGGAGAGAAGGUUGGGUUCCUUGACUUGGUGGUGGGUUGGAUUGCAUAUUGGCACCCAUUUGUGGAGGAAGUUGGUGGCUUUAAGGCAGUGGACUCAACCAAGUACCCUUCUUUCGUUUCAUGGAUCCAUAACUUCCUUCAACUUCCUCUCAUCAGGGACUCCCUUCCACCCCCUGAAGCUCUGCGCCUCGUCUUCCAGGGUUUCCACCAACUUGGGCUCCAAAAAUAAUUAGUACGAAAAUCAUAUUUUGGCUGAGUUUGAUUAGGCUUGUUUUUUAAGAGCUUUUAAGCUAAGUAGUGUUUAAGCUAUGUAAUAAUAUUUAAGUUUGGUAGUAUUUAAGCUAAUGAUGCGUUUGACAAAAUGUAUUUUUAAGUUAUUAAUUAAUAAUUAUAUGUUUGAUUUGAAAUAACUAAUAAA